AUGCUGGCCUGCGGCCUGCUGCCUGCUUAUUCGCCAGCUGGUCGGCUUGCCUACCAGUCUGUUCGCCUGCCCGUCAGUCCACCUGCCUGUCAGUCAGUCAGUCAGUCAGUCAGUUUGCCAGUCCCGCAGGCAAUAGUUCGUCAAGCCCUGCUCACUGCAGGCCUCAGUGAACAUGCCAGUUUGAUGGGAAAAUGCGCGCUACGAGCAGGCCGAAGUCUAAACGUCCACAUCUGGGUCAGGCGCACGGAUAUUGAUUUUGAAGCAGAGACGCGAGGCCGCCAGUGCCAAAGGCCCAUGACGCAGAUAAAACACGCGGUUGAACAAGCAUGGCGAGAGUGA